AAAUCUGACUUGCUCUCGUAGAGUAUGGCAUACCUAUGCAUAGCUCCUGUAGCCACGGCUAUCGCGAGGGCUUCAUCUAUCGUCAACGUCGAAAGUGUUAUAGCGAAUUGACGACUUGAACCCCUACUCGCCGCCCUACAGGCCUCCAUUCGUUAGUUUAUGAAUUCGAUAUAUGCUCGCCACUUCUAACGACGAGGUGCCUCGCGCAGUCGGAAUAUGCUACGUCGUCGUUCUACUCGCAGGGUUACACCUCCGCGUACCACGCCUUCGUGCAUCGCGGAGAAGCUGUAAAAGCGGGCCGCUGUCUUUUGAGGUCCACGAUGUGCUAUGACCCUUGAAGACUGCCAGGAUACUCGGGCUGAUUGUAUACUGCGAUGCGUGUCAAGACGAUGUAAGAGCUUCGCUUGGCAGGCUUGCUUGCUUUCCAGUUGCUCUCGAUAUGAGAUGCUGGGUGGACGGGUCGCUAAUUCGGCUUGGCGCUCUGAAGAGUGCCUGGCAAUCGAUGCAUAGGUAUGUAUAUGGCAACCAUCGGCGAGGGGGUUUUGCCCUGAUCUGCUGUCCAUACCACCUCAUUAUAUGACACAGCAUCAUGAAAACGCAUCGAAAUAUAUCAACCAGUGGAGUAUACUCCAAUGCGCGAAGACGCAGUUGAUCAAUGGCUCACCCUCAUUCCCCGCAUGAAUAUGACGACCUGUACAACGUACUGUAUACAGCGUCCGCCAUUGCUGUGGCUAAUGACACAGAAAAAUCACGCCUUCGCCCCACAUAAGAAUUUUCACAUGCACUCCUGAUUGGUGAGCCCUCAACAUCCUUUGUGCUUCACACGCUGCAUUAUAAUGCAUCUGGCGCCACCCAUGCUUGAACUCACAGAAUUUUCAAAUCGGAGUAAUUGUACCUCCUAGCCGACGCAUCGGAUCGUAAGUCUUGGCCAUGAUGGAGCAGGGAGGCCGCCUGGCUUAGUCGAACCGUCCGUAUUGCCGGCCGAACUUGCUCGUAUAAAGAAGGACUUAGGGCAGAGCUAUUCACGUACCGUACAAUCAGGAACACGUGGUCCGUGAACGCAUCUUACCGCACCUAUUCGAGUAAUUUCGAACGGCGGUGGAUAUGGUGUGUAUUGACGAUAUUUGCCGGGUACGAAGCAGACUCCGACAGCGUGAGAACUUGACAUACUUCACUUCGCGGACUCGCGGUGUGUGGAGACAUCCAGAAUCCAGGACGUAGAUCAGGCACAUCAUAUGUACCACUUUUCCUACCAGCAGCUCUGCUCAGCGAGGCUAGCACUGGAUACGAUAGGCACUGAUCAUCAGUCUCCUGGCUCCAGCUUUGGUACUGUAGCACUGCUUCGUGAGCCAAGGCUCGUUCCCAUGCAGACUGCCCAUUCCAGUAGUGAUCGCAGUGAUGAGGUAUCCGCAGCUUUGGAGUACCAGCGCGGCCAAUUGUGACCACGUCGUGGGGGAUACCACCUCAUUAUUAGAGGAAUCCACCUCGCCCUCGGUAUUGUAACCUCCCCCGUGGUACUCCACAAUGCUCUAUUCGUCGUACUCGCUACGCGAUAGCGGAUGUUAUGAGUUUCCUUCCUACGCAUCAGCAGCCUGGACGAAACGUAUAGCGAGCCGAAGAACUGAUACAGCCUAGAUAUCGGCUUGUAAGAGCGUAAGGAUCGCAGAGCUGCAUAGUUUCGGAACCUGUGUCUUGUGGACCCCUAGACAGCCUCGUAGGGCUCUACUGCUUGGCGGUCACCGUCUCAAACGUGGACAUCCGGCAAAUAGCCAAAUCAACCCCGGCAGAUAUAUCGGCCGUAUGCCCAACGAGUGUCCGCGCUCUGCUCACCGAGCGCAGAAGAAGGUGACAGUCGGUGCAAUGCAAGCAUUUGGAGCAUAUGAGUAAGGCAAUUUAUCUUCACCACCGUGUAUGCAGACGAGGCUUAUGCUAGGCUUCCGAGUCUUGGCGCAUGAGUUAUCUUGGAACAUCCUCGGUCUCACACUGGUGUACCCUCUUGCCCACGUUGUGUAAGCGGCCGCAAUCAUUCGCAUGCAGUCCAACACUCCAACUGGCAACGAUGCUCCGUUGCUUCUUCACUCACAGUUCCGCGACGUUAACAGCCAGGACCGCUGAGACCCACUUCGGAUUUUCGGUUGUCGGGUUCGAAGGUGAACGAGUGUGCUCUUGUCUUGCAAGGCUAGGAGGGACUGUUCCGAGCACGACGUUGCGUAUGCUCGUUGAUUGUGUCUUGGCUGUGCGACUGGUAACGCGUCGCUCGAGAUCGUACGAGAUUCACCAGCUUUAUUCAUCCAGAGCAGCAGACUCGAAGCUACGGGCAUGAGCUCCUUGCUGCCUCACUGGGCCAGUGCAAAAGCGGUUUAAGCGUGGAGGGUGAGGGUGAGCUCGAGAAGCGGGCGGCGUUCUGUUGUUCUGGACCCGGGAAGAAGGGGGGGAGAGGGGGUGAGCCCGCUGCAGGCAGGAAGGCGGGCAGGCUACAGUUUCCGGCGGGCGAUCGUUCGACGGGACGGAAGUUUGUCGACCAGACGACAAAUGCGCCGAGUCGAUUGAUUGUGCUCUCCACGCGUGGUGGUGGUCGGUGGUAGAGCGUUGCGCUGCGGCUGCGUGCGAUACUUGGC